GCUAACGGGUGAAUUUCAAUUGAUUCUCGAUAUUGGUAAUAUAACUGUCUAAAUGAUUAGCAAAGCCACGAGGAUCACCAUUUCUGAUGCCUCCUGCAUCACAAAGACAUAUUGUGUUUUCUAAAUUGUAAUUCAGAUUAUAUUUGUACAGUAGGUUAAUUUAACAAUAUAUCAGCAUUUGAAACUCCUAUUUCAAAGAAAUGGGUUUCCAUUGGACCUCUGCCUUUGUCCCCUCAGGUUGAAGGCAUAAACAGAAGUGCUAUAAUUCAUUCAUAGCAACCAGUCUCACAACAAAUAUUGCUAAAAUAGAGUCACAAUUUGAAGUAUCAAAAUAGUCUGUAAAAGUAAAAUGUAAUUGUUAUCCUAUCCUCUUUCAAGCUCCCUGUUUCUUUCUCGGUGAGGUUUCAUUUUUACCCAAUCCUACUCGGUGGGAGAGUAAAUGCCUGGUAGAUUUCUACUUCUUACAGAAAUAUCAUCUUUUGCGAUGUUAGGAUUUGUUUCUGCUGUUUGUGCUGGAUUUUCCGCAGCUGUGGCGUCCACUUGCGCCAAACUAGCAAUGUCUCCAGAACUUCAGAGAAAAUUUUGGUGCAAUUUUUUACUUCAACUUUUGGGUGUUAGCGCUGUGAAUGGUUCUACGAUCACAUCUGCCUGUCAAACGGUUGGCUUAUGUCCUCGUGUUUUACAAUGCACACUUGUGGCUGAAAGAAAAGUUGUUAAUCUUGCCCGAGCUUCUUCAUUUCUUCUGGUUUUCUUGUUCAAUGCACUGAUGUGGACCUUGUUUGUGAAGUCUCUUAGAGCAUCUUCUUCUUCAGCUACAGUGACAGUUACCAAUACAGCCUCAAAUUUUAUUUGUACUGCACUACUUGGUUGCUUGUUGUUUGGUGAGACGCUGUCCAUGAGAUGGUGGUUAGGUACAUCUCUCAUUCUCACAGGCUUGAUUCUGAUUCACUAUAACAGUGCACCCUUAACUGAAGAUCAAGGUCACGACAAGGAAGAGUGAAUGGGGCUGGAAAAGGCAAUUUUUUAACUCGUGAAAGUAGACUGACUAUCCCACACAGCUGUGGUUAGUGGAAUGAAGGGGAUUGUCCGUCAAGAUGUGGUUAAUGUUUCAAGAAACAAACUUUAAAAUUUUAAAUUUUAUGGAACUUUAUAUGGUGACUCUUGGUCCUUUAUAGUUGAACUGGAAUUGGGAGUAUUGCUUCAUUGUGUCAUGAAGAAAACAAGAGAACUGUGAAGAAAAAGUUUGGAUUAUAGACAAGGAAAAAAACUACAUCUUCAAUUCUGUUUUUACUACACUACUAUGGCGUAUGACUAGCUAUCAGAGUAUUUUAAUGGGCCAGGAAUAGGCCACCUGUUAGUGGCAAUGUGGAAAAGUUUGCCCUUUUUGAAAGUUUGUUAGUUAGUUUUGUGGACACAUCAUAAAUGUUGUCUAAAGGUAGGUGUUGCACAUCCUUGUGCAUUGUCAAACUCCCCAAGGGGAAGGUUCCAAAGGGGGUUCCUGAAUUCUCCAUACCACUCACAGGUCAUUCAUUACAAAAACAGCUGAUGUCUCUUUUCAUCAAAAAAAGAAGCAGUCCAAACUUCUCAAAAAGCAUUUCUACCUAUUGUGUCAAAAGGAUUAGUCCAACAUGUAAAAAAACUUAUGUUGUUGUUCUUUUUUUAUUAGUGUGCUUUUUCUCUUUGCACUGCUUUCUUUCACACUUUUUAUUUAAAUUAUUAACAUUUCCCUUUCUGAUUCCGAACAAUUUUAUAACCCAGAUCCAACAUUUUUGUAACCGCCCCUGUUUAUGUCUCUUGUUGUAAUAUCUAUCUUUGCAAAUAAUUGUUUUGUCUGAUGCUCAACUUAAAAUAUCCAUCAGACUUCUGCUCACUGUCAUAAGUGUAGACAUGUACAGUAUAAAUCUUUCAGAUUCAUUGCUUUCAUUUAAUAAAUGUAGGGAUAUGUGUACCUAAAUUUACCUCAUUUUUUUUUUUUGUAAAAGCAAGAAAAUGCAUUCUUGUCACUAUCACUCGUCAUCACUAUCAUAAGUUUUGACACGUUUAUAUUUAACCUUACUUGAUUGUUUCUUGCUAUUAGGUGUAUGACAAUCUUUGCCACCAUCUGAGUCCUUGCUGCCAGAGAGAACACAUUUAUUUCUAAAUUUACUUGGUUUUUUGAUGCAAUCAAUUGAAAAAUCAUUCUUGUCACAACCAGAUUCCUCAUCACUGUCAUAAGUGAAGAUGCGUUUAUAUCUUUUAGGUUUGUUCGUACAGAAGAAAGCAUUCAUGUCACCAUCAGACACCUCAUCACUAUCAUAGGUUCUGACACGUUUAUAUCUAACUUUACUUGAUUGUUUCUUGCUAUUAUGUGGAUGAUAAUUUUUCUCACCAUCUGAUUCCUUGCUGUUAGAGAGGACACAUUUCUUUCUAAACCUGCUUGAUUUUUUUAUGCAAUCAAUUGAAUAACUGUUCUCUUCACUACCAGAUUCCUCAUCACCGUCAUGAAUUACGACACAUGUAUGUCUUGACUCAUUUGACUUUUUGUCACUCAAAUUUGCAAAAUCAUCAUCAUCAUUAUCACUAGAGUUAUUAAGAUGAUUGCUCCUUUCACACUGUUUGUGACCAGGUUUGUUCUUCAUUCUGUUAUCCUGUUCUGUGACCAUUCCAAUUUUUCGCAAACUUUCUUGCGUCAAGAAGGUUUCCCCACCACACCAAUCUCUUAUCUCCUCUCUAAUAGCUAUGUCCAACUCAGCAUAAUGUCUAUCUGGAUUUUCUUCAGUGUCAGUAACUUCAUCUGUUGCAACAUCUCUAGCAAGAGUUCCAUUUUUACCACCCUUGCUACAAUUUAGUUUAUUACUCAUAGAGCUCUUUAUCAGUUUCUUUCUUUUGGAUACAAAUGACUGCGUGACCCAUUCGGCGUGAAAGCCUUGUGUCACACAAACAUCCAUAUCACCUGCAUCCGCCACUUCUGGUGCCACCCUGUUUGUCCCUGUUUUCUCAACAACACAGCUUUCAUCUUCAUAGUAGCGGUCAGUUUCUAUAGAGAACAAAUCUUUUAUUAUCGAAUAUUGUUCUCCAUCGUGGACAUUAAUUGCGCGAAGCUCAUUUUCCAAGGGGGGUGAAAAGUCAGAGUCGUCAUCUAUCUGAAUAGAGCACUUUUCUUUCCCUUGUUGAUCAUUAUUAGCCUUUUGCUUUUCCUCAGUUCUCCAGGGCUCUUUUGGAAAAUAAGAAGUUAUUGGUCUCAUUUUCAGAGUUAUCCCAUUUGAACGUUUCCUUGAUUUCAUUUUCAUUUCUGGUGUUGAUUGCACUUCUUCACUUUCGCACUGCCGUGUGAUAUUUUUAGUUAAAGUUUUGCAGUAAGUCCGCAAAUCACUCAACAGGCGCCUCAAAUUAUGGUCCGGGUCAAAUUCAUCUGUUAUUCGAAGCUCCAAUGUAAAACAUUUUCCGUCGAUAACAUGACAUUUCACAUCUGGGAUUUUGUCAAUUUCUCUUAAUAAAUCGACUUCUUCAAGCUCA